AUGGCGACUGCUGGAUAUAGUGAGAUCCCUGGUGUGUACAGUGAACAACCACGUACAAUGGCAAGCAUCCGGCGCACUAUAAGAAGCUAUCGGUAUUGUUUAGGAGCUACAGCCCUCACUGCCGUCGUGGUCACCCUGGCGAGCGUGAUCUCCGUUCUGAUUGGCCAGAGCAUCAGGGCGUCGGAAGGAGGAGGCACUGACGUCGCGAAAGCCAAUCAGAGCCUCGUAAUCCUGAUGGCUUUGCCUUGGCCGCGCAGAGACAGUCCUUGGUACGUCCGCCGUUGGGAGCGCAGCCAGACCAGGACCCCGGAUGACCCCAACAAGAGGAAAUUCGAUCCCAAUGAUCCCACUGAUCCCGAUAAUCCCGACGCACCCGAAUGGACGGCUCCGGAUAUGUCGACCUUCGGGAAUGGGGACACCUGGAAUUGGAAUCGAAGGCCGUCGGAAUUGCCGUCCUGGACGUCGGUGGAUGUGAGCGACUCCUUAGCAACGGGUUCCUCACGUCAAGCCGAGGCCGCCAAAAUAGAGGAGGAGUUGGCCAAACGCAACCUCACCCUGGCUCAUGGGUCUGCCUCCUACAAGCACCAGCAAGCCUUCAGGAAAACGCAUCCUCUGGCGACGAAGAUGGCGAAGCAGGGGUACCUUAUGGACGAAGCCACAGCUGCUUUUAAGUCGAGGCUCAACAUGACCCGAGAAACAACAACCUUCGACUCCCAGUGGGUUGGCGACCUGUCCGAGUCCCCUUACUGCGACCAGACACUGCUACGCCCACACCCUCCCCCCUGUGACCCGGACUACCCGUACAGGUCAGCCGACGGCACCUGCAACAACCUGAAGAAUCCUACCUGGGGAGCGGCCUUCACGCAGUUCCGACGCGCGAUGCCACCAGAUUACGGGGACGGUGUGUCUUCUCUCCGCCUGGCCCGCGACGGCACCGACCUCCCCAGCGCUCGUCUCAUCACCAACAUCGUCCACAGUAAUAAGCUCGUCGAAUCUCGCUCCUAUACCGUUCUUACCAUGAGUUGGGGGCAGUUCGUCGACCAUGACAUCACGGCCACUGCGUUGUCCAAAGGCUCCAACAACAGUGCCAUUCCCUGCUGUUCCGUCGAAGUCCUUGAGGAACCGUCCCUGCUACACCCUCAAUGCGCCUCGAUCCCAGUGCCUCAUGACGAUCACUUCUACGCCGCCCACAACCUCACCUGUAUGGAAUUCACACGCUCCGCCCCUUCGUCUAGGUGUAAUUUCGGCCCAAGGGAACAGAUCAACCAACAGACAGCUUUCUUGGACGGUUCUGUGAUUUACGGAACGUCAGAUGAACAACUCGGUUCACUCAGGAUACAUAAGGAUGGCCUGUUAGAUUCGCAGGUGACUCUAGAUGGACGCGAACUCCUCCCGGCAUCCAAAGACCCUGACGAUGGCUGCAAUGUGGACGAUCAGAUUAAAUACGAUCGCUAUUGUUUCAAGUCCGGCGACGCACGCGCAAACGAGCAGAUCCUCCUGACGACUCUGCACACGGUCUGGGCUCGACAACACAACCUGAUCGCGCUCACCCUCAAGGACUUAAAUCCGGAUUGGGACGACGAGAGGUUGUUCCAGGAAUCCAGACGGGUCGUGGUGGCGCAGAUUCAGCAUAUCACGUAUCAUGAGUAUGUUCCGAGUAUAUUAGGGCCCAGAUUUAUGAAGAAGCUAGAGCUCAGUCCUCAGAUGGAAGGGAACCACACAAGCGUCUACGAUAGCAAGAUACACCCGGCCAUUGCUAACGAAUUCGCUGCCGCUGCUUUUCGCUUCGGACACAGCCAGAUACAGGGCCUCAUACAGAAGGUCGACGGCCCAAACAAGAACGUGGAGCUCAUACAACUGAAGAGCUUCUACUUCAACCCUUUCUCGCUCUACGACCAAGGCACGAUGGCACAGCUGGUCAGGGGAGAGGCGUCCCAGAGCGCUGCGGCUGUGGAUACCUAUUUCACUUCUCAGGUCUCCGGCAAGCUGUUCCAAGGAAGCAAUCCUUACGGCUUAGAUCUGGUGUCUGUGAAUAUACAACGAGGGCGAGAUCACGGCGUGGCAAGCUACACCAAGUGGAGAAUGUACUGUGGUCUUCCUCCUGUGGGUAACUUCAGCGAUCUGGCGCAAGAUAUGGAUGCAGGGGCCCUCAAUAGCAUCAAGAAAGUGUACAAGCAUGUUGACGACAUCGAUUUCUACACGGGAGGUUUGGCAGAGCGACCGAUCCAGGACGGGCUUGUGGGGCCGACCUUCGCCUGCGUGAUUGCUGACCAGUUCCUCAGGCUGAAGAGAGGAGACCGCUUCUGGUAUGAGAGCAACGAGAAACCGGCGGCUUUUAGUGAAGCACAACUUAGCGAGCUCCACAAGACCAGCCUGGCGCGCAUCCUGUGUGACAACGUACCUGAAUUAGGGUCCAUUCAACGCUGGCCACUCAGGAACUACGCCACAGGGAACCCACGCCUGCCAUGUUCCUCGCAGUCGAUACCCAGGGUGGACCUCGGGGCAUGGGAAGAGGGCGACCUGUACAAGAUUGAGUUGUUCAAGAUGGACUACACGCCAAGAGGAUCGGCUGGACGGAGAUAG